AGGGCAAGCGUACGCUCGAGGAUCUGCAGGCAUUGGGAAGCCAUCAACCAUAAUAUGACGGGCGCCGUGUCCAACGACAUGUUAACCGCCAUCGAGGAUGUUGUCAGCGCCGAGACGUCUUGCAUCCUCGCACCCUACGUCAACGACGGCCCCUUCUACAUUGUGGGAGAGUACUUGCGCAGCAACGUCAAAGAGCCACAUUUCUGUGACGGCAUCGACGUCUUCCCCGAGGUCUAGUACAUUGACGUCAACAAGUGCGAGGCCCUGCCCUUAGUGGCCGUCGACAUCUGGAACUGCAACGCCACCGGAUACUACUCGAGUGUUGAGUCGGGCCAGGGAGGCCUGAACACCACUUUCCUCCGUGGCAUCGAGCUCACCGACCACGAUAGUGUAGCGCAGUUCGAUACCAUCUUCCCGGCCACUACGACGACCGUACCCAUCCACACUCACUUGCUGGUCCACACCAAUGCUGCAGUCCAAUCCAACGGAAUCAAGCCUCGAGUUAACCUAAUCAACCUCACCAUCCCCUUUCGUUAGGUUGAUUAACCGGCUAUCCACAUUAGGUUAAGUUAACUGGUUGCUGAGGUACUUACUGUAGCUAGCCGG